AAGAAUUAUGCUAUUUUUCAGAUGCUUCAUCUUUCUCUUAAAGAACUGAAUCGACAGUUUAGAAAUGGAACCCUUAGCUCUGUGACCUUACUGGAGUCAACAUUACGACGGUUGGAUCUCAUUAAAGAUCUCAAUGUAUUUAUCUCAGAGUGCCGAGAUGAGGCUUUGGAGGCAGCUAAAAUAUCAGACAAAUACAGAACUGAGUCAACACCUAGACCGUUAGAGGGAUUAACUGUCGCCGUGAAAGAUAAUUUCUGCGUGAAAGGAACCAGGACGACAUGUGCAUCCUUGAUGUUGGAUAAUUUUGUAUCUCCGUACAAUGCUACGGUGGUUGAAAAAUCAAUUAACGCCGGAGGUAUUAUAAUCGGUAAAACAAAUCUUGACGAGUUUGCAAUGGGAAGCGGAACAACAGAUUCAUUCUACGGACCAACGAGGAAUAUUUGGAGAAGUGGAAUAAAAUACAGGCUCCAGGAUGUGAAUGGAAAUGAUGUUGGAGAGACUGGAGGACUAGAUGGAACCUGGGCUGUUGCUGGAGGAAGUAGUGGAGGAUCAGCGGUUGCUGUUGCAGCCGGAGCAGCUGUUGUCGGUCUAGGCUCUGAUACUGGAGGAAGUGUGCGGAUACCGGCUGCUUGGUGUGGUAUUACUAGUAUUAAACCUAGUUACGGUCUGGUAUCCAGACAUGGUCUUAUCCCACUAGUUAACAGUUUAGACGUGCCAGGACUCAUGGCAAGAACAGUUCAGGAUUUAGAUACUUUUUUCAGAGUCCUUUGUGGCCGUGAUAUAAUGGAUUCAACAACAGUAGAGUUUAAUUGUUCCGACGAGGAAAUAAAUUUAAAUAAAGUUAAAUUUGGAGUUCCGCGUGAAUAUUAUUGUGAAGGGAUGACGGACGAGGUUCUCCAGAGUUUAAGUGAGGUUUGUGAUAUUUUAGAAUACUCUGGAUCUAGAAUAGUUUCAACAUCUUUACCUCAUACUAGCCUCGCUGUUCCUUGCUACUCCGUCCUCAACCCCUGCGAGGUCGCCAGCAAUAUGGCGAGGUAUGACGGCCUCGAAUUUGGAUUGAGGGGUGAGGACGAAUCCUCGACCGACGCGUUGUAUGCAAGUUCUCGUUCCUCUGGAUUUAACGAGGUUGUUCGAGGACGGAUACUUGCUGGAAACUAUUUUCUAUUAAAGAAACAUUACGAUGAAUAUUUUCUGCAAGGAUUAAAAAUCCGCCGACUUAUUCUUAAUGAUUUUCUCAACUGUUGGGACGAGGUUGAUUUUCUCGUGACUCCUGUCUGUUUAUCAGAUGCCCCGAGCUACUCCGACUAUAUCAAGGAGGAUAAUCGAACCCAGACAGCUAAACAAGAUCAUUGUACGCAACCUGUAAACCUGGCCGGCCUGCCAGCUGUAACCGUUCCGGUCAAACUCUCUAGUCGAUCUUUACCCUUAAGUGUUCAAAUAAUUGGUCCUUACGGCUCCGAUCUUAAAUUGCUAAAACUAGCAAAAAUUCUUGAAGAAAAAGUUAAUUUUCCAAAAAUUAUUUUGGAGGAAGAAUGAAAAAUAAUUUUCUAAUUUCAGA